CACGUCAGUCCCGGAGAGGGAGAGCGGGCCUUGGGGCUGGCUGCCUGACAGCCGCAGGUGGGGCCUGGAGAGCCGGCCGAGGGAAGGAUCCAGAACCACUCCCCCCUCCCCCCCGCUUCUCGAAGCUCCGAAGCCCCCCGACUCCUGCGCGGGGAGCGGCCAGGAUGCCCCGCGGGGACUCGGAGCAGGUGCGCUACUGCGCGCGCUUCUCUUAUCUCUGGCUCAAGUUCUCGCUCAUCGUCUACUCCACGGUGUUCUGGUUGAUCGGGGGCCUGGUCCUGUCCGUGGGGAUCUACGCAGAGGCGGAACGGCAAAAGUACAAAACCCUCGAAAGUGCCUUCCUGGCCCCGGCCAUCAUCCUCAUCCUCCUGGGGGUGGUCAUGUUCAUCGUCUCCUUCAUCGGGGUUCUGGCUUCCCUCCGAGACAACCUGUGCCUCCUCCAAGCGUUUAUGUACAUCCUGGGACUCUGCCUCAUAAUGGAGCUCAUUGGUGGAGUGGUGGCCUUGAUCUUCCGGAACCAGACCAUUGACUUUCUGAAUGACAACAUUCGGAGGGGAAUUGAGAACUACUAUGAUGACCUGGACUUCAAAAACAUCAUGGACUUUGUUCAGAAGAAGUUCAAGUGCUGCGGCGGCGAGGAUUACCGAGACUGGAGCCAAAACCAGUACCACGCCUGCGGCGCCCCGGGACCCCUGGCCUGCGGGGUGCCCUACACCUGCUGUGUCAGGAACACGACAGACGUCAUCAACACCAUGUGCGGCUACAAAACCAUCAACCAGGAGCGGCUGAGCGCGCAGAGCAUCAUCCACGUGCGGGGCUGCACCAACGCCGUGCUCAUCUGGUUCAUGGACAACUACACCAUCAUGGCGGGCCUCCUGCUGGGCAUCCUGCUUCCCCAGUUCCUGGGCGUGCUGCUGACGCUCUUAUAUAUCACUCGCGUGGAGGACGUCAUCACCGAGUACUCAGUCACCGACGGGCUCCUGGGGCCCGGUUCCAAGCCCAGCGUGGAUGCGGCGGGCGCCGGCUGCUGUAUGUGCUAUCCCAGUUAGGACCCCCGGCCUGGCACAGCGACCGGCCACCGACCGCCGCGGAAUGGUGGGGCCCCCACCUCCCCAGUCCACGUGUGCUCCACGGCACCACACCGCAGCUCUUGUGCCCACGUGUGGCACAGACCAAAGGCCAGGUGCGGUGCGCCGUGGCCGCUGCCCCGAGGACGGCCUGGGCACCGCCAGGCGCGGGGGACCACAGCGUCCCUGCUCCAGGCCAGGCUCCCGGAGAAAGGGGAGCUCAGGGCUCAGCCUAGGCCUGUUUUGUUCCUGGCAGUGCCAUGGCCAGUGGUCAUUAGGCCACUUCAAGGGCAGUUUUGCAGUGAACUGUACGUGGGGAGAAAAGAGUGUGUUUGCCCCGUGGGGCAGGAAGGGCUGGUGUUAGCCUGGGCAUCCAUGCCACAGAUGGGAAGUUGUACCAUCCUUUAGCGCUUGGGUGCCUUGAGCCCUCUGCAAGGCUCCUGCUUUGCUGACCCAACUUUUUUUUUUUACACGGUUUUGUAAUAUUCAUGUUUUAUACACGAUUAACAGGAGUUUCUGACUACUUAAAACUAGACACCCGUCCCAGGCCACUUGUCCCUCCAAGUCAUUUCAUUAAUCAAACAAUAAAUACGUGAUUUUUCUUU